CAGCAGCGCCAGAAGCUCGAGAUCGAGUUCCUCAAGAGGCAGGUCGUGGAGCUGCAGUCCACGGUCGAGGAGCUGCACGCGCGCAAGCUCGAGCGCGAGCGUCAAGCGCUGGAGCGGUCCCAGCACCAGCACUACGACCAAUCGACGGCCGACGGAUGGGACAACAACAGCUCGGCGCUCAACGAGUGGGUGGGCGCGGCCAAGAGCCAAGUGGCGGCUGUGCAGCAGCUCGAGGAACAGAACGAGAAGCUGCGCAGCCAGGUGGCCGCCCACCUAGGACAACUCAAGCAGCUCGAGCAGAUCGCGCGGAGCCGGUACCUGGCGAACGCCAUCCCCGAACCCAUGCAGCUAACGGGCCACUCGGCCUCGAGCUACUACUCGGCGUCCUGC